UGGCAGAGCGCAGCGCAGCGCACCGCGGAGCGCGCAGCUCCGGACACACCUGAACAGUCAGAGCGGUGUGACCAUCAGUGAGCUGGAGACAGUCCUUCACCUGCUCCGAGCCAAACACACACACAUACACACACUGCUCUGCAACAUCUGCCACGUCGCCUGUGAUGGAGAGAGGAAGAGUGUGACGGAGUCUUUGCUGAUGUGGAGUAACAUGUCUACCUCUUUGGCGUCUCCGAUGGAUCAAAUCAGUCUUCUGGGGCUCGGCGGACUCCGCGCUCAUAUUUUGAACGUGUAAACAGCGACUUUAAGAAGCCAUAAAAACUCCGUGCGGCGCGUGAGCGCUGCAAAUUGAGCGCAGCGUUAAUUGUACUACGAUGUCCCAGAGCAUCUGCGUGGAAAACUUAAAGGCAUGCUGCAUAUUGAGGGCUGCGAACGUGCGAGGAGGCUGAAACAGAUGGACACGAACCCAACAACACACUGGAGACAUGCUGUGUUGCUGAAUGGGUGACAAGCUCCCAGUCACCUCACAUACCCUGUGAAGCCCUCCUCCCAUCGCAUUGUGCAGGACAGGGUCCCCCAGCAACGUGGCAGUCAUGUACCAGGAGGUGGCCUUUCUGGCUGGUAGCACUGAGCACCAGUUCACCACCUUCCACUUCAAACGUGUGCAGAACCUGCAGGAGGUCAAAUCCAAGAAGGGUUUGUUCUACAAGCGAGCCCAGCUCCUGCUCCAGCCUCAGCCCUGCCAACAGGAUGGAGAUGAGAUCGGCCUGGCUGAUGGGGCGGCCAUUAUCAACGUGGGGGGGAUCAAGUACCGCAUCCCUUGGUCCACGCUGGACGAGUUCCCCCUGACGCGGUUGGGUAAGUUGCGCAGAUGCAGCAGCGAGGCCGAGAUCAUGGACUUGUGCGACGACUACGAUGGCACCAGCAAUGAGUACUUCUUCGACCGAAGCCCGUCGGCUUUCCGCACAAUCGUGUCUUUCUUGGCAGCAGGGAAGCUGCGGCUGCUGAGGGAGAUGUGCGCCCUGUCCUUCCAGGAGGAGCUGCUGUACUGGGGAGUGGAGGAGAACAAACUGGACUGGUGCUGCCUCAGGAAGCUGCGGCUCAGGCAGGAGGAGUACAAGGAGCAGCAGAGGCUGGAGGAUGAGGAGGCCGAGCUCACUUCUCCGCAGUCCUGCGAGGAGAGCCAGCAGCCUCCUGAAGCGGGGCCACAGGAAGAGACCUGUACGGGGGGCUGCAUGCGAAGGCUGAGGGACAUGGUGGAGAACCCUCACUCUGGCCUGCCGGGGAAGAUCUUCGCUUUUCUGUCAGUGAUAUUUGUAGCCAUCACUGCUGUGACGCUGUGUGUCAGCACCAUGCCGGACCUCAGAGAAGAGGAGGAGAGGGGUGAGUGCUCCCAGAGGUGCUAUAACAUCUUUGUGCUGGAGACGGUGUGUGUCGCCUGGUUCUCCCUGGAGUUCUUGCUGCGCUUCAUUCAGACACAGAGCAAGUGUAUGUUCCUGCGUACGCCUCUGAACGUCAUCGACGUGGUGGCCAUCCUUCCCUACUACAUCACCCUCAUUGUGGAUUCUCUGUCAGUUGGAGGGAAACCCGCAGGCUCAGGGAACAACUACCUGGAGAAGGUGGGGUUGGUUCUCCGAGUCCUGCGAGCUCUGCGGAUCUUUUACGUGAUGAGGUUGGCCCGCCACUCUUUAGGCUUGCAGACGCUUGGUCUGACAGUGAGGAGGUGUACACGUGAGUUCGGCUUGUUGCUGCUGUUCCUUUGCGUGGCCAUGGCUCUUUUCUCCCCGCUGGUGUUCCUAGCUGAGAGCGAGAUGGGCGCCAAGCAGGAGUUCACAAGCAUCCCUGGUAGCUACUGGUGGGCGGUCAUCUCCAUGACCACAGUCGGCUAUGGAGACAUGGUGCCCAGGAGCAUCCCCGGCCAGGUGGUGGCACUCAGCAGCAUCCUGAGCGGCAUCCUCCUCAUGGCCUUCCCCGUCACGUCCAUCUUUCACACCUUCUCUCGCUCCUACGUGGAGCUGAAGGAGGAGCAGAGCCGGGCGCUGAGACAGAAGCCGGACUCACAGGACAGCACCAAGUCCCAGAACAGCGAGGACUCCCAGGAGACGGACAGCUACCACGGCAUCACGGAGGCCGCAGUCUCAUCAGUGCAGCGGAGGAAGUCCAUGGCUGCUCACAGGGCUGCUGAGAUUAGAGCAUCCACAAAAACUUAGCUGCUCUGCCUGUCUGUGUGUCUGUGUUAAAGUGGCAGUCUGGGAGGCCGUGACACUCAGCACUGGGACUUCAAAGUUGACAAGCUGCAGGAUUGUGAGCCGAAGGAGAUUUUCCUCUCUGGAGAUUGAGGUCUCUGCUUUGAUCGUGUGAAGCUUGUGCAGCAGAGUGUAUCGGAGUUUCUUAAGUUUUACAGAGAAGCUGCAGAGGUCUUUUUAUCCACAAAUUUGACUUAAAAAGACGAGUAACGUUACAAUAUUCAUGAUUAAAUGACUAGUCAAAUGAGAUUAAAAAAAAGUUACUGGGACAGUUUUCUCACUGACUGCGAUUCAGACUUGAGAUAAGUCUUAGCAAAAGGGAAAUCUAACACCAAAACAUCAUACAGUGUUGUUCAGACCUCAGACUAAUAAUUAAUGAUCCUCGUGUAGCUGCAUUUGAUAAGUCUGGGAACCAGACAAAUCUGCGAGCUCAUCUUUUAUUUGCUCUGGCAGAUGCGUCUGGCCUCUCUCCCAUUCAGAGGUCCAGCAGUUAAAUAUGGAGCAUGUUUCAGAUGUUAACUAACAACUUGUAGAGCCUGCACGCGUUACGCAAAAUGCAUAAUGGUGUCAUUUUUGGCUUGCGCACCCUCCAACCCAUGCUGAUCUCCAGGUUGUCAAAAACAGACACUUUUUAUGAGCUGCACGAACUUCAGUUUUACCCCAUUCAUGGCAACACUUGAUGCUCAGAGCAACUGAUGUCGUAUAAAGAGCUAGAAAAUCCACGUAGGGAGGGAGUGGAGGAGGAUAGGUCAAACAAAACCAGACUUUCAUCUUUUUAGCAUUUAGCAAGCAUCUUUUUAGACGGGCGUUUCUGUAGAUGCGCGUAGACGCUGAAAAGUUAAAAUAUUUUCAACUUUUUGAGCAUCAGACGCCAGUAGCUAGCGCGCAUUGAAUAAGCGCUUCCAGCGUUUCAAGCGUCUUUGAAGCGUCUCAUUUCUGUGUGAUCACCCCUUAAGACCCGAGCAACUGCCAUACCAUGCAACUUGCCAUGAAAUCCAGGAUUCGUACCACAUUGUUGUGACCUCCUGAACUUUGUGUAGCACCAUCAUCAGGUUCACAAUUCCUACGAACCUUGUUUUGAUGAACCUUGUUAGUCACUGGGGUCCAUAAGAAGAAAGAUUUUGCUGACAGGUUGUAAUUUAACAGCGCAAACCUUGAGCUGUGCAGUUUGCUGACUGCAUGAAACUAUAUGGAAAAAGAUUGGUUUAAUAUUAUUUGUGUGAGGAAAUUGACAACCCAUGUGUAAAUGUGUUAAUAUAGAACACCUUCCACAAUACAAAAAAAGAUUUGUAAACUCAAAUGGAUCUGUAUACACAUAUACCACAAUUUAAAAAAAACAAUCAAACAAAAAAUUGUGACUUUAUUUAUUUAUUUAUUUAUUUUUUUACAAAUGAAUGAGAAGCUUUGGUGAAUGUCUUCUGAACGUUUAAAAGUCAGUUUUUAUCUGUGAAUCUCAAUUCUACGCUGGCAGAUUUGCCUUUCGUGCAUUCUCAGUCUUUUUUUUUAGUAUGUGGAAUUUGUGUAUUUGCAGAUCAAUCAAUCAAUCAAUCAAUCAAUCAAUUUUAUUUACAAAGCCCAAUAUCACAAGUCACAAUUUGCCUCACAGGGCUUUACAGCAUACGACACCCUCUGUCCUUGGGACCCUCGCAGAUCUGUUUUAUAUAAGCAAAAAAAAUUUGUGAGUUUACAAAUGUUUUAUGUAUUUGUGGAUGUACUUUUAUAUCUACAGAUUACACAUUUACACACGGAUUGUCAAUCUCCUCACACAGAUAAAAUCUUUCUCCAUAAAUGGCAAAGAAACUGCAAUAAAACUGCAUCUUGUUGGCUGAUCCUCCGCUGACAGAUUUUUUUAAUGUGCCAUUAUAGUAAAUAACCCAAAAUUGCUGCGCUCAUUUUCUAACUUUGGAUAUUAUGUGUGAUUACUGAGCACACUGAAAGUGGCAUGUGCGGUGGUUAGAUCUACUGUGUCUGUUGGAGAGAUGGAGAUGCUGGUGCCAAUCCUCUUGUCGCAUAUUGAAGUAAAGUGACCCGUAAAUGAAACCAGUCAAAGAAGCAAACACUAACAAGUGUAAUGACAGGUUCUUUUCAUAGAGGCUUGACGGACUGUUACAAAUCUUAUCCACCUUCAGGCAGUGAAAACACCACACACCGAACACUGAAAACCAUUUCAGAUAAUUCCUAAUUUUAAUAACAUAUUUCAGUCUUAUUCAUUUUCCAAAUACAGCACUUCAUAUUCUUUGACUUGAGUGCCUUGUACUUUGAAGUGACACAUUAAAAAACCAUUUCCCCAAAUUGUUGUCAAGUCGGAGCUCAUCAAAGCAGCUACGUGCUCGAGAGUGCAAAUUAGGUUCCUAUACACCAGGCAGGAUGUAAGGGCACGCUGAGUCUGCCAACUCUGAAUCGCAGUCACUGGAUUAACUGAAUCAUUAAAAAGCAUGGAAAUAUUACACAGAAACUAUUAUAUCUACAAUAUUUAGGUUUUAGGAAAUGAAAAUAUUGUUUUGACGAGGAGCGAUGAGACGUUUAAACAGGAAGCCAAACUUAAAUGGAUUUGUGCUUUGCAUCAUGAAUCCAUAGCCUGAAGAACAGCCUCUUUUGAAAAAUGUAAUAAAGAUUAAAAUGAACACAGUCCCAUGUGU